AUCGAGUUGACUCUAACCCAACUAGAUUUGAUGAACCACGUGUGAAAGCCAGUGAAAGCGAUUUAAUCAGGAUGUCUGAAAAGUCUAAGGAUAUUGUGGCAGCUGACCCAUGCGAAGAAGUGAACGAUCGAGCUGACUCUAACACAACUAGAUUUGAUGAACCAAGUUUAUCCAAAGAUUCAGAAGUUUUGCUUACACAGAUUAAAGAUCUUACGAUUAUGACUCAAAAAUGUGCAGAAGACACAUGCAAUGAAGUAAAUGAUCUACGUCUAGGUGACUCUACCACAACUAGAACUGAUGAACCAAAUUCAUCCGAAGAUUCAGCGGCAAAUCGUAACAAGUUGGCGAUUGUUGUUAAAGAAAAAAGUCCAACAAUAUUGACCAAGAGAGGAUCAUUCACAUGUGAAAUUUGUCAUCAAUCAUUUUUACGCAGGGCAAAUCUGAAUGUACACAUCAAGUCUAAACACGGUUCUAGUGAACCAUUUCAUUGUAACGAUUGUUCCAAAUCAUUCGCAAGAAAAAGUUACCUUAUCUCUCAUAUACAAGUAGUACAUAAUCCUAUCAAGCCAUUUGAGUGUAAAAUUUGUCAAAAAUCAUUUGGUCUUAGAAACAUUUUAAUGAAACACAUGACAGUGCAUGAAGAUAUAAGACCAUUCAAAUGUGGAACUUGUCAAAAAGAAUUUAAACGAGAAGGUUGCCUCAAAAACCACAUAAUCGAAGUACACCAAAGUAGCAAGGACGAUCGUCAUGCAUGUAAUUUCGAAAAUUGUACCAGCUCAUUUUCACGGAAAAGUGGCCUCACUAAACACAUAAACUCAGUACAUAGUGAAAGUAAACCUUUUGCAUGUAAUGAAUGUGACAAAUCAUUUCAUCGCAAGGAUGCUCUCAAAGUUCACAAAGCAGUACACAAGGACGAGGAAAUUUGUGAAAUUUGUGAUAAAUCAUAUUCAUCUAAGAGUGCUUUUAAAAAACAUAUGAGUAAAAAACAUGAUCAAAGCCGACAAAGUGAGAAAUAUCACAAGUCAUUUGGAAAAAAAAGUGAGCUAAAAUCGAAUGUAAAAUUAGUGCAUAAUGAGAUAAAAACCUUCAUAUGUGAUUUAUGUGAAAAAUCAUAUUCAUCUAAGAAUGCGAUUAAGAAACAUAUAAGUAAAAAACAUGAUGAGAGCAAAUGUGUCUAGUGUGAUGUUUGUCAUGAAUUCCAUAAAGCUAGGAGCUAUAAAUCAAUGAAGUGCAGAAUUCUCUUCCAACGUCACAUGUCAUUGGAACAUAAUAAUAAAAAUCCCAUGGACCCUAAGCAUUGUCGUGGUAUGUAAAUGUGUCCUUUUUAACAUAAAUAUUUUAUUUUAAUUUCGUAAAAAAAUGUUAGCUUUUCAUAAUUUUAUCUGUAUACAUUUUGAUUAUUUAUAUCAAAAAAUUUUAUAUUCGUCAUUUUUGUUACCACUGUAAAAUGUGCGUUAAUUGCGAAUAAAUGUAUUAAAAACA